AUGACCAAACUGUGUUUUGUCCGCUCGGAUUUCGCGAUACCUUUGUUUUAUUCAUCCUUUCGUUCGUCCUAUCGUUUGUUGCAACGAUGCUAUGAGCACAACCGAACAAAGCAUAAAACCCCAAAUGACAGAGGAACACAAAUCAUGGGUAAACACAGAAAUCCCAUCAAAGUGAAAAGACGCAGCGGCAGAAGGGUCCCCAAGAAUUCGAUCCUCACGAAGGAGCAACGAGUAGCACAUAUACUCCUAAGGGAAGGGAUAAACUACGUCGAGAAUGGAAACGUAGGAACAAUAAAAAAUGAUGAAUAUGUGAGGACGCUGCUUUUUGAUUAUUCGAAGCAGGACACGUGGGAGGACGAUGAGGAGAGGCACCUCAAUUUGGUGCGACUUCCUCGCAGGAGCAAUGGAAAAGAGAGACGUCACACAAAUGGAGAGUCCACUUGCUGGAGAGAUGUACCCUCCAAAGGGGAAGAGGGGAACACAACGAACAUGUGUACUGUCCCCCCUCAUAAACGCAACAAUGGUAGUCAAAGAGAGGGAAAAAUGAGUGGCAUUGUAAUCACUCCAUUUGUAAGAACCCACGAUGGAGUCAUUUGUAAACGAGGAUUUAUCGACAAGCGAACAAUUGGUAAGAUAAAGAUGGUGAAUAAAAAGACGCCUUACGGUUACCAUCAUCGGGGGAAACUUCCACUAAAGGUGGACAAAAGGAGGAUAUGUCUGAUGAAUCCCGGAGGAGUGGUUAAUAGCUCAUCCAAAAACAGGAGUUCGCGCAACCUCUCCAAUGAAAAUACAGAUGGACCAAUCAUGGAAACCACUACCCACUCACAAUGGGGGGAGUUCAUCCAGCUGGGAAGACAAACGGAGGAUCUAAAUCCAUGUAAACGAAGAACCCAUUUUUCUCCCUUCCAAAAGAGGACAAUAGUUACCCAUAAAAAAGAACCUCUCCCCAUUGUAGAAAUGAAAAACGAAUUCGUGAAAAUUCACUUUAAUAAGUUAAAUUCGAUCAGUGUGGCGAGUGAAGAUUUGUGUACCCCCCUUGGAGUAGACAGUCUUCUUAGUGCCAACACACGAAAGUCAUUCUCCCCCGCGCAUAACGUUUCUACGCCCUUUUACGGAAGCAGUUGUUUGUCCUGCGUUGAACUGGACCGGCAGAGAAAUUGUGCGGAAUGCCAACCAAGUGUAUGCCCAUCGAAGGAGAAUAAAAUGGAAGACGUCCCGAGUAAAGAAAAGAGGAGGAAGAAAUUAUCCAGGGAAUCACAUCGAAACAGAGCCCAUCAGGGGGACAGCCCCCCCAGGGUAAAUGCAACACCCCCAAAGGAUGGAAUGUGCCACAGCGUAAAUGGGCUCUUCUGCAAAUCCAGGAACAGGGACCUCUUCAACGAGCGUAAUAACGAAAUAAUGGUGAACGAGCAGGGCGUAAAUAAUCAACAACGACGGGCAGAAUUCAGAAGAGAGCACGUCGCGACGACAGGGCUCAACAUGGACGUCUCCUUCGACAGCGACUUGCAGGGUGUCCAGAUUUCUGUUCCCGAUUUGCAGUCCCACGCUUUCCAGGCGGGCACGGUGGUGAGCAAGAGGAACUCUGGGGGGAAGCGUCAAGUGCGGCAAUUCCACGGGGGAGGGAGGGGUCAGACGGACCUGCCAAACCAGGACAGAUCCACCCCCAUUGUCGACAAAAUGAAGGUAAAUCUAAACGAACUAUCUAACAUGGAUAAGCGCCGCGAUAUGGAAAACGCCUACGUGAAGUACAUUUACAAACGGGACGAAUCGGAGGAGGUCCCCGCAGAGAAGCGCAGCAGAUGUGUCACCUUCGGAAGAGAAGAAAAUGAUCCACUGAACAAUGCAGACGUACCACUCAAAAGAAAGAACACACGAAGGACGUACAAAGACCAACUAAGAAGUGUAAUGAACCUAAGACACGCAAAUUUCGAUGGAAAUGUCCACGGAUUUGGGGAAACGUUAAAAUUCAUGAAGUAUAGAGAGCUACUUAGAAAAUACAUGGGGACGUUUUACAACUACAGUUCAGUUAAAUGUGCCACGUAUAUCAUCCUAUACGCCCUAGUAGUAAAAAUAAUAACACAGGUAUCGCAAAAUUUAACCACAUCUAGUGGUACUGUUCCUAGUGAGAAAUCCAACAAUAUAAACGUUGUCUGGUACAAUGACUCGAACUUAUUUCUGAAUGUGCACGAUAUGGAUGGGAUCAUUCAAUCUGUUUGUUAUGUCUCUUUGCUGGUCUGUAUCGUCCUCCUGUUAAAGUUGGGUAUCCCAUCCAAUUAUUUGCUGGUGGGGAGACUAACCAUUCUUUUUAUGUUUCUUUUCUUUGCCCAAAUUCCUAUUAUGAUUUAUGCGAAUUUUAUGGCCCUGAAAAAGGAAGAGGGAAUUGCCAAGGCGCAAGCAAAGGCAUUCGAUAAGAAGGACUACUUCAAUUUGCACAUGCAGAGGGUGUAUGACGUGUUCUACAUUGACACGCUGAACUUGCUAGUAUACACAAUUCUGUUGUGUUUAGUCUCCUUGUAUGCCACUUACCAUAAGUUGAUUUAUCCCCAUUUGUUGAAAUUCUAUCUGGACACAAUUUUCCUAAGCUCCUAUACCAUAGUUAAGAAGGAAGUGAUUCAGUUCAGGGUGCCAAACAAUAUCGACGCGUACUACCUCAAUCAGAUGAACAGCUACAUGUUUAACUCUCUUUAUAAAAAACAGGACGACCUAACAAAGGACAACUUGGAAAGUAACACGAGGAGUGCCAUUGGGUACAACAUUGUCAUUAGGAAGGAGCGUUGUUCCUUGUUUAGGCAUCUGUUCAGGCGGGACAACUCCGAUUCGUCCCAUGACGGGGGGGGCCACACCAAUGGAAGAAGUGUACCAAGCGGGAUAAGUGCCCAAAGUGGUCGAACUGUUCGCCGUACAUGUGGCUGGAGAGCGUCCGCCGCCCAACCGAGCACCCAAACCAAAUGGAACAUGAACUUUUACAUAAUUUUCUACAUUGGAGAGUUGGACGACCAGGGAAGACCGCACGGGUUCGGCUAUUGGCGGGGGAUCAACCUAGAGGGGGAAGUGCUCAUCGGCUAUUGGUUCCACGGCAUCCCCGUGGGCCCCUUCAAGUGCCGGGACUUCAAGACGGGCUCCGGAUUCAUGUGCAUAAAGAUUGGCUACGGACGCACCAACUGCGAGCCGAACGAUUUGGACAUAGGUCUGGCGGACACCGAGUGUUGUGUAAGUGGAGCCUUCUACAGGACCUUCCCCAGAGUGGUCUUCUACGACCUCAACCUAACUACCCCCAACCGGAGGAGCAAAAAAAAUGAGGAAGGCAAACACGGAAUUAUGGAGAAGAGGGAGUGCUGCGAAUACCUACACAUUAGCAGAGCCAGCAACGAUAUCCUGCGCGUGGACUACGCCAAGCUUUUGCAAGACAGUGAGGAUGAUCCGGAAGGGGGAGCUGACCCGGUUAGGCCUGAUGGAGAGCAAAGAAUUAACCACCCUAACGACGUGGAUGAGAAUAAUUCUGAGAUACUAAGGAGGAGGAAUAGAACAAUGGGAAGAAUAGAAAGAAAAGUAACGAAAGGAAAAAGCUUUGUCAGUACCUCCAGCAAAGAGGACCAUAGAAAAGGAUCCAAUAGCAGAUCCACCAUGACGUACGAUGAGGUCCCCCCCUCCAUCGUUAACAGUGAACCAUUCCUAAAAGGAGAGUUACUAAAUUAUGACGAAAUCUGCAACCUCAGUUACGAUUUUAACGACCUGACAUUGGAUAACGAAACGCAUUCGGCGAUCAAUAAGAAAAUGGAGACAAGCAAUGAAUUGGCGGAAGAGGAGGAGCAUCACCAGCAGGGGAAGUGGGGAGUUAGGCAAAGCUCUAUUGAUGAUCCAUCCGCCUUUCCGGAGAGGUCUUUCCCUCCUGAUUCACCACUAUUAUUGCCCUCGUCCUUUUCGUCUUCGCUAUUUUUUCCGUCUUCUCCCUCUUUGCGUCAACCAUCGUCGUCCUCAUCAUCUUUUUCGUCUUCCACUUCUUCGUCGCCUUCUUUUUCUACCCCUCCUGGCCCCUUCGAUGAGAGGGAAAUGCCAACCCUGCUGGACGAAGGUGACACGCACCUCACCGACGUCGACCAAGGUUGGCGCGCCGAAAUGGGUGCAACCAAAUUGGGCAAAGGGAGGCACCCUGAGCAUAGAGCCGGAAGAUCAGUUAAGUAUGCCACCCACUUAAGUGACCACGAAGAUGUACAUAAAAAGGAGAAGCAUAAGAGGAGAAAGAAAAUAAUGCCAAGUGAAAAAAUGGAAAAGGGUAGAGGAAGUAAGGGAAAGGAUUGCCACGCAUCGGAAGAAGAGCAACUGUCCCGCAGGAGGAACAACCACCCUCGGAAUGAUAGUUCCCCUGACUGCGAAUUGGGGAAAGGGGAUCAGGUGCACGCCAGGCCAAGGAGGAAGUGCCAAGACAUGCGGAUGAAGCACGGGUUAGCAAGGCAAGGGGGGGAUAACGACAAAACGGACGAUGGGUAUGACAAGCGUGACCAUACUGAUUACGAUGCUGUGCACGGUGAUGACAUUCCAACCAGGGGGCAUCCGCGUCACCAGUCAAAUGUAGCGCCAACGGCAAGGAUAAAACGGAAGAGCCUCACAGAACACGAAUUAGCUAUCCCGCCCGAGAAGCCAAGUUUGGAGUUCCAGGUCGGGGUAAAAAAGACACACAGGGGGAGCCAGAAGAGGGAGCAUAAAACUGUGCGGAUGCACAUGGGAGAUGUAAAAAAACGAAGCGAAGUGGGGAACUCCGCGGAAUCGCCCGUAGAGGCAGGAAGCCCAGACGCAACCAAGGAGGGGGAUGCAACCAACGAAGAAACCGACGCGAAGAGGAAAAUUCAAAGGCGCAUCGGCUACAGCAUGACCAACACCUUACUUCACAUAAGAAAAUUCAAACACCUGAAGAUAAGAAAGAAAAAAAAAAAAAACAUACAAACGAAAGAAAAAACCAAAACUUAUGUGAAGAAAAGGAACUCAGGUGGAAGAAAGACGUUCCUACCGAGGGCAUUGUCGGGAACUUUGCCAAAAUUGAAAAUAAAAAAAAAAAAAAAAAAUAUAUUCUUUUCCGAUACGAUAACAAAUGCAUACAAAACAAAAUGCAUGAACAUAAUUCUACAGAACUUAUGUCCACACAUGCCAAACUUUGGCAUCCUAUACAACACCGAUUUGCAUAUAUCGAUCGAUGCGGAGAGGGGGCUCUACAUCACUGGCUACAUUAACAAAAAAAACUGUAACUUCAUACAUGAUAGGACGAGAAAAAAUGAGUUCGAAGACAGCGAGGUGAAAAUAAAAAUUAUUAAGAGGAGGAAGAAUACACUUAACUAUAAGAAGGGGACAAACAGAAGGUUGUACUCCUGGAUAGACAACAUCAAGGAGCUGAGUUUAGACGGUUGGGUAAAAUGUGAACUGGCUGGUUGUUUAGAGGCGGUCAUUUUUAUCCAUGGGUAUAAUACCAGUCACCUGGAGGCGCUGCAAAUCCUGGGGCAGAUGGCGUCCUUUGGCAACUUCCCCAAUUAUAUUAAGCUCUUCCUGUUUAACUGGCCCUCGGGGAAGAACUUCCUCGAGUUCUUCAUCGCCAAGGAUAACUCCAAGAACAAGGAGGGGCACCACGCGUUUAAAUGUUUCUUGGACACGCUGCGAAGUAACGGAAUCCGGCACGUCCACAUUAUCACGCACAGCAUGGGCACCAGGAUGUUCCUGCUGGCCUUCCACGACAUCGUAAAGAGCGACCUCUUCUCCACCAUCGACGAGAAAGAAAUGGGGACAAAUAACCUGAACAAAAUGAAGCUCAUCACCCUGACCAUGAUGAACCCAGAAUACUACCUAAGUGACUUUGUAAACAAGGAAUAUGUGUUCCUUCGCUCCUUCUGCACAGUCAUAUCUAUUUAUUGUGACUCUAACGACAAGGCAUUAAAAUGGGCGGAAAUUUUUAGUGGAACAAAAUCCCUUGGAAAAAAUGUCUUCGAUUUAAACAUAUGUAAAGAAAACUACUAUAAGAAAUCCAACGGGAUGGACAACUACGUUUUCGAUAGCAACAAAUUGGAUUACUUUUCCAUCCCAGUUGGGAACAAAACGAAUGAAAGUGACGACAGUUUGCAGGGACCUAAAUUAGUUUCCUCCUUCUUUGACUGUGAAAACUUCGACGUGUCAAAUGAGCAAAUGAGAAACAAAGGAAUGAUGACUACCUUUGUACAAAAAUUGAAAAAAGUUUUUCAUUUUUGUAAAAAAAGGGACAAUACCAACUCGAAUGACUUCAAUGAGCAGACAUCCAUGGAACAUGAUCAGGGGAAGACCAACAACGAUGCGGCUCACCAGAAGUUUGUUCACCAGCCACCUAUGUUUAGGAAUACACUACUCGUUUUUACGGGAAUAGAACCCAUUUACUCUUGCAGAGAUAAUCGUGAUUGGCUAGAUGUAGAUGUGAUUGAUACCACUUGGUUAGGAUCUAAUGUGCACACCUUGAGACACUCCUACUGGUCGUUGAACAGAGAAAUUAUUGAAGACAUUCGAGAACUCAUUGUCACUAGGAAGAGGGCUCGGCAAAGGACUUCUAGACUGGACCGGAGAGAGGGCAACGUCUGGGUUUAUAGAGUCGCUCCCUCUCACUUGAAGUCCAUAUUCGAUUCGGACAUAUGA